GGAGAAGAUGCGGAGCAAAGGCAGGAAGGAGAGCCUGUCCGACUCCCGCGACCUGGACGGCUCCUACGACCAGCUGACGGGUGAGUGCCGCCCCCGCGGAAGGUGCAGCAGCCGCUCGGGAUCGCCGCCCCCCCGGCCCCGGCCCCGGCCCCGACCCCGGCCCCGGCCCGCUUCCAGCCCCAGCCGAGCCCCGGCCCCCGCCGCCCCGCUUCACCCGCGGAGCGCCGGAGCAGAGCGGCAGCCCCGGCCCGGGGGGGGCACCGCUCCCCGGGGAGGUUGGCAGCCCCGUGGGGAAACAACCCUCGUUCUCCCCGCGGGCGCUGGGGCUUUCGGGUCCCUGCCGGCCUCCCCUAAGCCCACCUCCCGCAUCGCCGCUCGGGACAGCGGGGUUUCGCGGCAGCGCCCCGGCAGCGGGGUCCCCCGGGAGCCGGGCCCCCCAGCGGCACCCGGAGCUCUGUACCUCCUCCCCUGGGUUCCCCGUGGUGCGCAGCAGCCCUAUCCCAGCGUUGGGACGGCUAUAGUGCAGAGAAGCCACAUAUACCCCACCAGCAACGCUGUGCCAUCCCGCUCCAUCCUCACCCCCAGCCGGGAAUUGCCCAUCUUCCCACUCCCAGCCCGUUUUCCCCCCAUCGCACCUCGUGCCCCGCUCCUUCCUCACGUGCUCUCCGUGGAUCUGGCCAGAUCCUAUCCCCUCGCAGAAUGUCAGCAGCUGGGCGCUGGGGCUCCCAUCUUCCGGGGCUGCGAUGAAGCUGAGCCUCUCUGGACGCCAUGCAAUGGGACACCUGGCAGCCCCCGGCCCCGUGAUGCUCCACAGAGCUGUUCCAGAGGGGAUUUCAGGAGCUCGAGGGGGUGUCUGGUCAGGACAGGACCCCCACCCCAUAAGCAGCCCCACACAGGGACGCCCUGCCGGCUGCCUGCACCACCCUUUAGGCUGUGGGGAGAUAUUUUUGAGCUGUGUAGGAACUUGGAACCCACACACAACUUUUGGUUUCUCCGGUAACUUUAACACGUCCAUAUGGAUUUAAAUCAAAGCGAGGUUAAAAAUAAACCCCAGGCUCUCCCAGGCUGAGACCUUUCAGGGCCGGGCUUUGCCUCCAAGCACAGCACGCGGCACAGACGCGGGGAUGGGGUCACUGGGAGCCCCACAUCCCAGCACGGCCACUGCCUGCCGGCUCCCCGAGGAACGCAGGGCUGUAGCAAAGCCUGCCAGCAGAGUGGCCUUCCCGUCCCCUGACCCAUCGAGGGGACCCUCACCCCACGUUCGGUAGUUCAGCUGGGGAUAAGCAUCCUGCUGCAGCAUGGCCUGGGGACAUCCGCGAUGUGAGAUGGGACCUGAGGUUGUUUGAUGUCAGGCAAUGGCACGUCCCCACUGAUCGUCCCUUGGUUGGUCUCCAUCACCCCUCCCCUGCCAAAAACAGGAGGAGGGAGGCGAGGACCCGAUCCGUGAGCACAGGAGGGCUGGGAGCAGCCCCUGAGAGAGGAGGGGGCUGCACGUGGCUGCGGGUGUGACAUGGGCAGCACCGGGCAGAGGGGAGAAACGCCACCAGGAAAUUAAAAGGGUCCAUUUUGGGGACAGGGAGAUGACGCUAGCGAGAAAUAAAAGCCUUCCAUAAAUUACAUGAUUCCUCCAGCCCGCUAAUGACACGGGUGAUUAGUGUGAGUGCAGCCCAUGUCCAGAGACAUGGCCCUCAGCACGGGAGAAGCAGGACCCGAGUGCCGCUCUGCCUUCAGGAAUGGAGGUACGGGGCCCCACAGCACAGGGGUUCCUGGGGGAGCAGGGGCAUUGGCCCCACGUCACCAGUGGGACCAGUAGGUACCGGCAUGGGGCCAACAUAGGGCUGCCUGCAGCGGGUCAGACCCUCUGGCUGCUCUUCGUAGGGGUGAGGGAUUUGCCUUUAGGGGUGAGGAUUUGCUUUUGGGGUGGCCGCUUUCCCCCUGCUUUCUCCCUCCCGUUGCAUUGCAGGGCCCCGAGUGAAUUCUUUGCUCCACCCCAAAGGCAGCCGCAGUGUUAGCAGGGGGCGAACAACUGCUAUAGAGACCGUCAGCAGAGCUUUGGGGUCCUCCUGCCUCCCCCGGUGGGGAGAUGGGGACCCCACAACUCUUCUUGCAGCCCCCCACGAGAUGAGAUCCCCAACAGCAGUGAGUGUGUAGGGCCACGCAGCUGUAGGACAGAGCAGGAUGCUGCGUGCCGUGCUCUGGGGUGCGUCACAGGGAUGGGGACAGUGACAGCGCAGCUGUGUACAGCUCCCUGCCUGCCACAUGCCAGCACGCAGACACCCUGAGGCUCGCAGCCCCCUCCCCAGCGCCCUGCCCAGAGACCCCGGCCUGCUGCCCACCCUCUGCUUCCCCCACCGCUGCUGCCACCCCUUAUGCCCACCCUGCUCCUUUUGCCCUGCCCGGUGGUGAGGCGGGGCUGGAAGCCGGGCUGUCCCAAAUCCCCCGUGGGAAAUCCCUCCUUGGGGUGGGGAGUGGUGUGGAAAUGCUCCCCCUGGGGCGGGGGGUUCCGGGGGGCCCCGCUGUGCCAACGCGCCCACCCUCGGCGGAUGCUGCACCUUCGCGGGGCGAUGGAUGGGAGUGUUGCCUGACUGCCUCGUCUGUCCGCUGCCUCCCUCCUUCUGUCUGCUCCUCGCCUCGGCCCUUUGCUGUCCUGGCUUGUCUGUUGGCUCUGUAGGGCCAAGCGAUGGGGCUGCGACGCCGGGGUGGGGGAGGGGGGUGCGCUGCGGGCUGGGAUCUGCAGGUCGGGGCCGUGAGAAUGGCGGCAUGGGAUGGCCGGGCACGGAGCUGGGUUGCUCGGUCGGAUUUCUGCAGGCACCAAUGCAUAACUGAUGGCUCGGCACAACUUUGGCCAAGGUGCGCGGAUCCCUCUGCAUGCGGCUGGGGAUGCACGUGUGGGGAGUUGGCUCCUGAGGCAUCGCACCUCUGGUUUGGGGCGGUGGGGCUGUGCAGGGUCCGUGCGGGGCACAUCCUUUGCCCUAUAGGUCGGGCACCGGGGGGCCCGGGAGCCUCAAGGCCCCAUUAACGGAGCUGCCCCUCCCUCGCUGGCUCGGCUCAUUAGUGGUGUUUUCAUUAGGAGAAGUGGUUUGGUUUCAUUUAAGCCAAAUUGCUGUGCUCGGGAGAUGACAAAUCCAUCUGCCGGCAAAUCGCUCUCCCGCCGCCGGCGUGGAUCCCGGCCCCGGGCAAUAAUCGCGCUGCAGAUGGAUGAGCCCCCGGAGGGGCCGAUCUCCUCUGUGCCGGGGCGCUGUGGGUGAGCUGCUGCCCCAGAGCCCCGGUGUGGGGCUCCGCCGCGGGGCGGGGGUCAGAAUCCCUCCCCUCUCCAGCGGGAUCGGGAGGAUGAGCGAGAGGAGGGACUCCAAUCCCGGCCCGUCUGGAUAAUUGCUUCUUCCUUAGAUCGGGUUUUAAAACACGGCACUGCUGACGGACGGCCCCCAUAUGGGUUCAGAGGCGGUAAUCCCCCAGCCCUGCCUCCCUCCUGCUGCUGCUGACAUAUCCCUCAGGGUCUCCUUGCUCCCCACCUCGGUCUCCCUCCCGGUGCAGCAGCACAGGUGCUGACCUGAGCAUCUCCCCAGCCCUGACUCACUCCCGGCUCCAGGAAUCCUUCAUGUCUCUUCCCCCUUUGCCGCAAAGUCAUUAAUGCGCGUGGAACCAUUUGUUGUGUAACUCGGAGGACGAAGGCGAGAGCUGCUCUCGGGGCGAUGCCCGCACGAUGGGGUCAGGAGGGGAUCGGGCAGUGAUGCUCUCCAUCCCCAACAGGUUCUCCCCAUCUCUCAGAGCCCAGCAGGGCGUGAUGGUGGGGUUUUUCACAACCUCAGGGUCUGCUGCUCCAGAAGGGGCUGCGUGGGACUGCGGGCCUGCAGCAUCCCUCUGUUGGCUGAGGCACGGCUAUGGGGUCCGGCCCUCGCUGCCCCCACGGCCACUGCCCAGCACCGCUGUCCUUCUGCCCCAAUGCUUGGCCGGGUGCUGGUGUAAAGGUGCUGCAAUCAGACAGGGGGAACCCUAAAAGGGUUGGGUGGGAUUUAGCGAUGGGAAGGGACGUGGCCAGGGCUGGGGGCUGCACAGAGGAUGGCAACAUCCCACAGUGGCCCACCAAGUGCCGUCAGUGCAAGCGGUGGUAGCCGAUGCUGGGCCCUACAGGGGUGGAACAGGGGGGUGAUGGCGCUUCAUACUGAGAGCAGCCCAUGGAAACCCCAGGGGGGGCUGCCCAGGGGGCACGAGGACCCCGAGCUGCAGUGCCUUUCCCUCAGUGCUGCUUCCUUUCCCAGCCCGCCCUGCCGUAAUUACAGCCCGCUGCUGCGCCCUGAUAAUACUGCUUCCCUUUUAUCACUGCUUAAUUAAAUAACUGUGGGGAAGUGAGGGGCUGUUAACCCCUUGUUGGCUGGGUAGCACUGGGAGGCACAUGGAAGCCUGGGGACACCUCAUUUGGGCUCACCGGUGCUCCCCCCUCCCCUGGCACAGCACAGGGUUUGUGGGUGAACCCGGCUAAUUAUCACCCACCUCUCACUCCAUGGGAACCCUGCCGAGCCGUCCCCGGAGCCCAGGCAGCGGUGGUACAAGUCUGCUGCUAAUUAGACCUGCAAGUCCUCCCGUGAGCUCAGGGUGCGGGGGUGAUAUUUGGUUAUUCCUGAUUAUUUCUGAUUAUUUUGUAUUUAUUUCUGAGGGCUCGCAGCGGGAGGCCGCACUCACCCUGAGUAACUGCAGGUGCAUUCUUUUCCUAUCGGGGUCUCCUGGGGGCUCAGCUCUGCGGGUCUGAGAGCUACUGACUCCCCUCCCAGGUCAGAAAUGGGUCUCCAAGGGGCCCCUGGAGAGCACCCUCCCACUCCGGUGGAACAGACAAACGAAGACAUGGUAGCACGGCUCCUGAACCGGCCCAAAAUAGCUUUCCUGUCCCCAAAAUGUCACUUUACAAAGGCAGGUGCUGGGGGCCCCCUUGGGGCUUGAGGCAGUGGCUGAGCGUGUGACCUGGUGGCCUUGCUGGUGGUGCUGGUGGCCCUCCCAGAGGCCCUCCCUGGUGGCAUGCAGCUGGUGGGCAUCCGAGGAGCAAAAGGCUGCUGACCCCACUGCUGCCACUCUGGGGAGAGGAGAUGCCCCUCUGUGAGCCGUGCUCCACAGAUGGCAGUGUCCCUCCACACAGCUGUGCUUCUCGGAGGGUCUCGGGGCGCAUCCCCCCACAGCAUGCCCACCCCAUCCCUUCCUCUCCGGUGCCAUGCAUUAUUCACGCCCGCGUGGUGCCAACGGGGCUGACGUGCUGCCGAGCACAGAGAGCUUUUCUGUGUAAAUCUCUGAAAUAUUUAGCAGAACUGACUUAAAAACACAGCCUGGGAGGAGCUGGUGCCUCGGCGUAACCUGGAAGGCCGGGGCGGAGGCAGCUCUGCUCCCAGGGACGUGGGGAUAUGGCACGUCACGGCCACGUCCCGUGGGCACCGGGGUGCCCGCCCCACUCUGAGCCUUCCUCCCACCCCGUGGCAUCCCCAGCCCCAAGGAGGGCAGGUGGGCACUGGGCGCUAUUGGUGUCCCCGUGCAGUGGUUGCGCCGUGCGCUUUUCUCUCUGAGAACCCGCAGAGCCCUCAGGGCCGGGCCUUCACUGUGACAGCGCAUCCCAUGUCAGAUCCGCUGCGAAUCCUGCCUGCUAAUAGCUAUGCAAAUUACCUCAUUAGCCGCCUUAUUUAUUUUCUCCCGCAUCAUCUUUUUGGCACUUCUGCGGGCCCUGGAGGCUGCGGGUGCCCAGGCUGGCAGCAGGGCUGGCCGCGCUGAUGGCAGCACAAUGCUGUUGGGGACCGGGGGCUCGCAGGGCGCAGGUCAUCACCUCUUUGUCCCUCGCCUCCAUCUUGGGGUGAACCUUGCUGUCCCCUUCCCAGCAGUGCUGCCCCCGACCCUUCAGGCAGAGGAUCGUGAUGGCCACGAGAGGCUUUCAUCAUCCUCGUACCCGUUGUCUCGCCCACGUUCAUGCUCUGACACACCUGCACGUGUCCCCCGCUGUCCCCUGUGCCACCAGCCGUCUGAAUGAGCCAUGUCCCCAGCUCACCUCCCCGUGGCUGUGCCUCUGCUGAGCUGCACGGCGGCUCCUCUUAGCGUCAGGCAGCAGCGGUGGCGCGGUGACACGGCUCGGCACUUGGCACCGGGCAGGGCUCGGCACUAUGCAGGUGUCACCGGGGUCAGGACACAGGUGAUGAAUGUCCAGCAGGAAAACGUGUGUCAGGACGGGAUGAGUGUCCCCGUUUUGCAGCCGCGUUUCUAUUUCUGCAUAACCCUGCUUGCCUGGCCAGGGCCGCAGUGGUGGGGUGCUGACAUCUCCGGCCGGCCCUGCAGUGGAGCGGCUUUGGGGCCAGCUGGGGAAUUCGCUCCCAGCGGCGGGGCGCUGCUGUGGGGUUGGGUCUGCCAAUCUCGCUGCUGUCGUGUGGGCUCUGGCACCCUCCUGUGGCCGUUUGUCACCUCUCUGCUGUCCCACAGGCUCUGCGGCCGUGGUUCGGGCGUGAGCCGGGAUUGGGGCUCCCGGGUACCCCCCCGACCUGUCCCCGUGCAGUGGUGGUGGGAGAGGACCCGGCAGCUCUCAGGCCCAUAGGGGGUAGGUUCGGUCGGGGUGUCGCGUUCAUUCCCUGCAGCUGUCUCCUUGCUGCACGGCGUGACAUUCCCCGGUUUCCCCUGCGGGAGACACCGAUGGCGUUGUGGUGCCGGGCGGUUUCUGAGCGCUGCUUUCUGACCCGCGCUGAUGUGUGUGGCAGCCACGGUACCACCGGGACGGGAUGCCCAGGAGGACCGAGCAGUGCGCAUGGAUGAGGUGGAAGGGGCUCUGCUGGGGGCUGCCCCUCUCACGGGGACAUCGCUGGCAUUAUCAGGCAGGAGGGCUCGGUUCAGAGGGCGUAGCCCUAAUUUUGGGGAGCAGGGGUGAGGUCAGCCCAUUUCAGUCCCUGGGGGGCUCAGCUCCUUCUCCUGGGGCUCCCAAUGGGGACAUCUGAGGACACUGGGCGGUCUGACUGUGCCUGGCUGGAGCACGCCCACACAUCCUUUCCUGUCCCCAGGGGAGCCACAGCCAUCAUUUCCAUCAGGUCCCUUUUUCUUCACUUCCUCCCCCAUUAAUAAGAUAUGAAGCUUAUGAGAUAAUAGAGCCUGGAUGGAUGCAGAGCUGAGAUCCCGCCGGUGUGUGGGGUAGGGAUGUGAUGUGAAGAAGGAACUGCAGCUGGGAAAAUGGGACUCGGGAAGGGAGGUGAUUGCCAGUCUGCAUCUCUGGCUGGCUCUGGGAGCUGGGAAAUCCCACUGCUGCCACACGCCUGACUCUUCCUGGCUCUGACACAUCAGCGGCUCACUGCCAGCCUGAGCUGAGCGAGCAGCUCUGAGUCCGAGCGGUCCGGGAGCCCGGCUCCUCUUCCUCCCAUCCUUACACCCAUCAGCCUCAUCUCCCCCCCUGUAAGGAGGUGGUGUCCAGGGAUGCAGGAUGCUCACAGCACUGGAUGGCUGGUACCCAGGGAUGCGGGAUGCUCGUGGUGUCGGACUGCUGGUACCCGGGGAUGCAGGUUGCUCACAGCACUGAACAGCUGGUGCCUGGGAUGCAGGAUGCUCGUGGUGCUGGGUGACGGACGCUGGGAGAUGCAGGAUGCUCGUGGCGUCGGACGGCCGGUACCUGGGAUGCUCACAGCACCGAGUGGUUGGCGCUGGGAGAUGCAGGGUGCUCCCAGCACUGGAUAGCAGGACUGGAGGACGCACAGUGCUCUCCGUGUCAGCUCCCUUCAGGAAGGAGCAUCCUUCCCUGCUCUUGGAGAGAGGCGGCUCUGGGAUGCAGCAGUGCCUCAUUGGUCAGCGGGACCUGUGGAGUCUGCGGGUUGCCAUACCAACCUGCCUCUGGUUCCCGGCGAGUCGGGGCGUGAAGUGCCGGGUCGAGCUGGUGCCAAGGGGCGGACCGGCAGCCAGGGCAGCCCAGGGCUCUGCAUCCACCCAGCCGUCCUGGCGAGCCGGCUGGUACCGCCGGGCUCCCUGACCCCCAGCGCCCCUCGGCAGCACUUUGUUCUUCGCUGCACGGAGCGGGCAGCGGGCUGGCACGGCACGGGGGGCUCACCUGGGCGUCUCACUGAGUGACCUGCAGCAGCUGGUGAGCUUCGGUCCCCCUAAGCCUGGAGAGAGGUGGCAGCUCGGCUCACAGCCGCUCCUCCCGAGAUCAUCCCAGCGCCAAACUUCCCGCCCGCCCGCCUGCCUGCCUGCCUGCGAGCGGGGCCUGGAGGCUGCCGUGCUGCACUGCCCUCCCAUAGGGCUUUUCCUGCCGCCGAUGCCCGCAGGCUCGCUGCGGGAGAGGAAGGCUCUGUCCUGCCCUGGGCAUCAAUCAGGGGAGUUGGGGGCUUUGUGCCGGCUUUGUGGCUGGGUCCCUCCCCAGCGCUGUGAGCCGGAGCCAUGAGCCACUGCCAGCAGCGCUGCAAGAGGCAGCUGGGCCGGGUGAUCCGCUGCUUCUACCAGUUUGUCACCGGGACCCUCUCGCAAGACAGUGUCGAGGAUGAGUUUGAGCUCUCCACCGUCUGCCACCGCCCCGAGGGGCUGGAGCAGCUCCAGGAGCAGACCAAGUUCACCCGCAAAGAGCUGCAGGUCCUGUACCGGGGCUUCAAGAACGAGUGCCCGAGUGGCAUCGUUAAUGAAGAAAACUUCAAGCAGAUUUACUCACAGUUCUUCCCACAAGGAGACUCCAGCACGUAUGCCACCUUCCUUUUCAAUGCCUUCGACACCGACCACGACGGCUCCGUCAGCUUUGAGGACUUUGUGUCCGGGCUGUCCAUCAUCCUGCGAGGCACCAUCGAUGAUCGCCUGAACUGGGCCUUCAAUCUCUACGACCUGAACAAAGACGGCUGCAUCACCAAAGAGGAAAUGCUGGACAUCAUGAAAUCCAUCUACGACAUGAUGGGCAAGUACACCUACCCGGCCAUGCGGGAGGAAGCACCCCGGGAGCACGUGGAGAACUUCUUCCAGAAAAUGGACCGAAACAAAGACGGUGUGGUGACAAUCGAGGAGUUCCUGGAGUCCUGCCAGAAGGAUGAGAACAUCAUGCGGUCCAUGCAGCUCUUCGACAACGUGAUUUAGCUGUCUCCAGCUGAGCUCUCCCAACACCGGGCUCAGACCCCGCUCCUCUCUCCACUUCUCCUUCCAGCCCUUCCUGCUGCCGGCUGCCACACAGAGACGUGGUCGGCACCCGGAUGUAUCCUUCCCCCGAGGCCAGCCCAGCUUUCCUUGGGGGGCCCCACAAAAGUGCCACCAGAGCGUGGGCACAGCUGGCAUAGGGCAUCUGGCCUGGGUGGGCUUCUUGCACCCGAUCCUAGAGGGAAAGCCGCAGCCUUGGGCUGCCAUAGGGGCUUCCCCGUGCCCCCACACCACGACCCCCCUCAGCAGCCCCAGCACCGGCUCCAAACCCUCCAGCAACACUUCUAGGAACUAAGAGUCUCGCAGCAGGCAUCAGCUUCCUCCUGUGCCCUGAUGUAGGGACGUGUCCCCUGCGUGGGACGUGAACCGCUUUGUCCCCCUCCUCGCUCACUCAGGGUGCUGGGCUCCCUCUGUUUGUCACCAACAGCUGUUGGGAGCUGGGUGUGCGCUCCUAUCCCACCCACGCAUCCGUCCAAGUCCUGGCUGGGGGUUAACGUCUCCACACCGAACUCCCGCCCAGCCCCACUGGCUUCGGGUAGCGGUCCGCAGCCUGGCCCAGCUGCUCCCAGCACUGCGUCCCGAGGGGCAGCAGUGGUUGGGUCUGAUGGGGAACGGGUGAGCGAGGCCGUGCCCUACGCCAGGCUGAGCCCCGCCGUCAGAGCCGCCCGGACCCUCCCACAGGGCCCUGAGCCUCAGCUGCGGGGCAGCCCCCACUGGGCCUGCUUCAGGCCCGGCUUGCGCAGACGCGAUGUUUUUUAGCUCCGUCCACCGCACUGUUCAUCUCCCAGCCCUGCUCCUGGGCGGGAGGGCAGUCCCCCAACCCCAACCCCUCCUGUCCCGCCCCGGGGCACCCCCUGUCCCCCGCACGCAGAGCGGAGGCUCCUUUCUCCCCCCCCCCCCCCCCCCCCCCCCUCACGCUGCAGUGGCAUGGCGUGACCCCUGCCCCAGGGCAUGGUGACCCACAACCCGCUUGGCAUCUCCAGUCUGUAUAUUUUGUAUUAUAACGAUAAGAUGGGUUACAAAAAGAAAAAAAGAAAAUGGGGGGGGUUGGGGGGGGAACAAUAAAAUCUAACCAUGAUCGCUA